AUGUCCACGGGCGGCGCGGGCUCCACGGGCGGUGCGGGCGUCGCGGCUGGCGCGGGCGGCGCGGCUGGCGCGGGGGGCGCGGGCCACGGUGCGGGCCACGCGGCCCAGGGCGCGGCCGGCGCGGGAGGAAGCAGGGGAGGCGCUAGGAGGGGCGGCGCGAGCAGGGGCGGCGCGGGAGGCAGCAAGGGUCAUGCCCGCAUCUCUAGUCUUCCGAAAUCGGAUGUGCCAGGUUCUGAAAAAUUCAAGAAGAAAGCGCUGCAAAAUGAAGACUUCCUUAGAGAAAUAUUUGGUUACAUUUCUAAUGGUGAAACUGAUCAUUGGAACCCGAUGAGUGACAAUGUAGAUGGAGCAGGAGAUACUGAAAAUAUAGAUGGAGCAAGAGAGGAGGAAGAGGAGGACAAUAUGUUGCAUGAUUGGUCGUAUAGAGAGGAAGAGGAUGAGGAGGUUCAGGAGGUAUCUCCUGCUAAUGGAAAUAAAAAAGAAGAGCUCGUGUUGUUCUAG